CACCACACCCUCACGCACAAACACACCCCUCUACUCGCACCCCAGCAUGCUAACAUAGAGCUCAGCUCCUCUGUGGUAUUUCCCACAAUAACAUCCCGGGUCGACACACCAACUCUGUCAUUUUGUUUCUGACCCCGCCGCUCCUCUCUCUGUCCCUUUUUCUGUCCGUCAUCUCCAGGCACCCGGACCAGUCUGAGGACGAACACCUCCUGGUUACAGACCCUUGAUCAGACGUGAGAAAUCAUCAUGAUUAACAUCAGAGGACGCCCAGUGAAAAUGCAGAAGAUGUUCACUGAGCUGAUGGUCCUUCUGGGAGUCAUUGGUUUGAGUUACAGUGCCAUUCAGAGACCUGACUAUGAUGACACACCCAACCCGGAGUUCUUCAACCCGUCCUGGAUGGCCAGUAUUCCUGAUGAUCAGCCGCUGUCUGAGGUCACCAUGCCUGGGACCCACAACACCAUGGCUCUGUACGGCGGUGUGUAUGCUGAAUGCCAGACCUGGAGCCUGGCCUCUCAGCUCCAGGCAGGUGCUCGCUUUCUGGACAUCCGUGUGCGCCACUUCAAGGGGAACCUCACCAUCCAUCAUGGGGUGUCCUAUCAGCGGGCGCACUUUGGCCAUGUGCUGGAGGGUGUAGCUGACUUCCUACAAGAGUAUCCCAGUGAGACUGUACUGAUGCGUGUAAAGGAAGAGUUCAGUGAGACGAAUGACAUCUAUGGUGCUGUGGUAGACUUUAUCCACCGCUAUGCUCACUGGGAUCUGCUGUGGCACAGCCGGCUCGUGCCAUCCAUGGGAGAGGCCCGAGGGAAACUCAUCAUCUUGCAAGACUUUUCUGGGCCAGACUUGGGGAUGCGCUAUAGAUCCCUGGACAUAGCAGACAACUGGAGGGUUCCCACACUUCUGCACGUGGAGGAGAAAUGGCAAAGUGUCUAUGAACACCUGGAGACUGCACCUGCAGGAGACCAGGCCCAGAUCUUUCUCACCUACAGCAGUGGAGCUGGUGUGUUUGCGUACCCCAGAGCCGUCGCUCAGCGCAUCAAUGCACAACUGUACAACUACCUUAAGUCCAAGAAAGACCUGAACCAGCGCCUUGGAAUCAUAUGCAUGGACUUCCCUGCUGCUCCCAUUAUUCAAAUGAUCAUUGACUUCCAACUAGAGUUCAUGAAGAGCAGACAGGCCUUUAACUCAGUUCCUAGCAAGGCAAGUUUGAAAUAUACAAUUUCUUCACUGAGAAAGAGGAGGAACAAAGAUUUCGAUAUUAAUAUCUGAGUGAAAGUCAACCAUGUAUAGGGAACUGAUCAAUGACUGUACAAUCAAUAAGGUAUCACUAUGGACACCAAAUACGGCAGUUGUAGCUUGGAUGCAAUAGUGAGGUGUAACUUUACUACCCUACUGUAAUGAAUAUGAUUUUAAUUAUUAUAAAAUUAUACCUCAGA